UAUGUAAUUAUGCCUCAAGGCGUAGCCGCACAGCUUCUAUAGGCUUCUAUAGCUAUGGAUUUUGAUUCGUAACUAAAGCUUUGUUCUCUAGUUAUGGCUAUAAUUUUACUGUUGCAAUCUCUUCAGAAGCAUUAUCUGUUCGCACAAAGUUUCUAGUGAGUUAGCCUGUGCUAGCGCUACAAGCAAGAGAGCUAGCUAUUAUUUUUAGUGCUUAAAUCCAGAAGGUUAGCUGAGGUCCAAGUUCGCGAAUACUCUCAUGAAUUAGCUGCCCUUCCAGAAUAGUGCAGUGGUAGCCUAGAUUCAAGGCUAAUAGGCUAGUGCAGUUGUACCUAUACCAUAGACUAUGGUUGUUGACUGAGGGUUAGUAUUACAACUAAUUGCCUGAGAUGCUGAAGAAUUGGAUAUGGAGUUGGUAUCUGCUUUCCCCAAGCUUGCAAAUGCUGGUGGUGUUGAGAGUAGUAGACAAAGGACGUUCACUGGAGUUGAUCCCUCUUCCCCCAGACGGGUACACUGCCUGUGCUUCAAGCCAAGAUAUACAAGCCAAGAUAUACAUCAGGCCUAUACAAAGAAACCUCUCUACGGAGCAAGUCGUGUCUACUGGAACUCUGAAGACAGAGAAGUGUAUUGAUUGCGAUGAGACUGUGCCUAUCAGCAAAUUGAGAAGUCAUAGAGACAGCUGCGAGGGAAUAACAGCCGAAGGAAGGCAAAGCCCAAUCAUAGUGGAUGAAAAUACGGACAGUGAAGAAGAUUUACCUUCAUCGGACCGCCCUUCUGAUGUGUUGACUACUGAAGAUGCGACUGAAGAUGCGAUGGUGGAGUACGCCUUGACCAUAAGUGCAGACGAUGAAGAAACACAAGCCCUUUCGAAGUCUUUUGGUGAAAGAUGUUCUCAAGCAGCUGGCGAAGAAUUUGAAAGUAGAUGUGUAUGAACUUCAGGUCAGACGUGGACAUGUUCUAGAAGAUGUCCUCAGGGAAACAAGGCAAACAUCGUUCAAUCCUUUCAGAAGAGUGAAGUAGUUUUAGCCACACCCACCUACCGCCCAUUUUACAUUCAAGUCUACGCCAAUGCAAAAGCUUCAUCCUCUUCAUAAUCACAGCUGAGCUAUUGCGCCCCAGGGCGAACCAGCUUGAGAGAGGAGAUCCCAGAUUUAAUGAAUGGUGAUAUUAACAGGAAGGUUUCCAUAUGCUGAUUCAGCAGUUUCGAAUUAUGAACGCCCUCCAUAUU